AAGGUAAAGCGGUAAACCAGCCAUCUGAUUAUGGUUUUCUCUUUGGCGGUGCAAUAAAUUUGCUCGGCUUCUACGUCUAACUUCCUGAUGUGAUAAACUUCACCUCGACUUCGGACGGGAAAUCGACUUCAGAUGUAAAAAAAUAGAGCAAGGUCCUGCCCAAGUAAACAAAUAAACAAACAUAGGGAGCGGUAGGUGAAUCCGCCACCGGCUGAUUGUCCUACAGUCAAGGGACAGAUAAGUAGCUGUCCCACCUCCCUUCCCCCUCUGACCUUCUUCUCUUCCUGCAACCAUCUUGGAUCCUGCGCAAACUUUUAAUAAGUUCGACAUAAGUUAUUUUAUAUUUUAAGAACGCUCUACUCCGUACACCUCCACGAUGUACGGUCUCGGGAACCAGGACCCCACGGCGACCCUGGCCUCGCCGUCGUCUCCGUUGCCAGAGAAGUCCUUCUGGCGCUCCCUCGUCGCCGUCAUGGCGUGCGGCGCGGGCCUCUUUUCCGAUGGCUACAUCAACAACGUCAUCGGAUCAGUCGUCACCAUUCUCGCCCUGGAGUAUGGUGACGUUUGGAAGACGUCGAAUGCGAAGCACUACCUUGGUGACAUCGCGUUCGUGGGCACCGUCGUAGGACAGCUGGUCUUCGGCUAUCUGUCCGAUAAGUGGUCGAGGAUGAACUCCCUCAUCCUGUCGACCGUGAUCCUGCUGAUCUUCACGGCGCUAUCAGCAGGAUCCUACUACCACGGGGACGCCGUAGGCAUGUUCAACAUGAUGACAGCCUGGCGUUUCUUCGUUGGUAUCGGCAUAGGAGGCGAGUAUCCCGCUGGCAGCGUGGGUGCGGCUGAGUCGACCAGCCAGAUGAAGUCGGGGACCAGGAAUGCCUGGUUCAUCAUCUUCACAAACACCAUGAUCGACUGGGGGUUCGUCUUUGGUGCUUUUGUGCCGUACGUGGUUGCAGCCGCCUGUCAGAACCAGCACCUCAGCACGAUCUGGCGCACCAGUCUCGGCAUCGGCGCUGUUUUCCCCGCGGUGUUACUGGUCCUGCGUUUCUUCGUCGGGAAGGAGCCAGAGGACUUCCAGAAGCACUCGAUGAAGCACGCCAAGACUCCCUACGGUCUUGUCCUGCGCUUCUACGGCUUCCGGCUCUUCAUUGUCAGCCUCAUCUGGUUCAUUUACGACUUCUCGGCCUAUUCCUUCGGCAUCUACUCGUCGACGAUCCUGGCCAACAUCUUCGACCAGGCGACGGCCCCGCUCACCACGGUGUUUGGGUGGAACACGGUCAUCAACCUGUUCUACAUCCCCGGUACGAUGCUCGGCGCGCCCGUCUCGGACUUCCUCGGCCCGCGGUACGCGCUCGCGGGCGGAGUCACGCUGCAGGCGGUGGUCGGCUUCAUCAUGGCCGGCCUCUACAACCGGCUCGCGCAGCCGAGCAUGGUGGGCGCCUUCGCGGUGGUGUACGGCAUCUUCCUGUCGCUCGGCGAGCUCGGCCCGGGCAAUAACAUCGGCCUCAUCGCGGCCAAGACGUGCGCCACGGGGGUGCGCGGCCAGUACUACGGCAUCGCGGCGGCCAUGGGCAAGAUCGGGGCUUUCAUCGGCACGUGGGUGUUCCCCUACAUCGUCGCGGCCGGCGGCGGCUCCGAGACGCUGUCGGCCCAGUACCCCUUCUGGGUGUCGAGCAGCCUGUGCGUGCUGAGCGCGGUGCUGGUGCUGGUCGGCCUGCCGCAGAUUGGACAGGACACAAUCGCGCUCGAAGAUGCCAAGUUCCGCGAGUACCUGGAGAAGAACGGGUACGAUACGCGGCAGCUCGGGUUGAGGAAGGGAGAGAUCAUGGACUCGGUGGAGUGUGGGGAAGGGUCUGCGGUCCCGAAUAAACCGGUCGAAUGAUGUAUAUGUUUUGUAUUGUACCUGCAUAGCCGGCUGGGCAAGGGGUGUUGUGUUUUUAUAUGGUAGGCAUUGUUUCCAGUUCUCGAUGAAUAUACCCAUCUUCCUUCCUACGCUUGGUGAUACAACUCGCUGUAUGGACUCUGUGUGUGUGAUACAGAGAUUGCGGCCGGUUCAGCCACACAACGUUUGUCCGGUUUCAGUCUCGCCAUCCGGUGGACAACAACCGAACGACUUG